AUGGACCCCCGGAGUAACGAGCGCAUCUCAACCGCCAGCAACGACGACUCGAUCCUUCAAUAUGUUAACGACAGGAGGUCGGGGACGAAGAAGCGCCGGCGCGCAUGUCCGAUCUUGAUCCUUCUCGCCUUGGUAAUACACUUCCUUGCGGCAGGAUGCGGGAUCACUAUCAGCGUACUCGUCGUCCGCUUCGGCCUGGAGACAUCGGUUGCUGAGAGGCAGGACCUCGUGUCGAGGAUACUGCUGUUCGUCUCGAGCUGCGUCGGCAAUGUAUACAUCCUGAUGCACAUCUUCGCGUCGCGGGAGAAGUAUGUUAGAAGUCUUCAGAAUGGCAGCCCGCAGAUACACGGGUACUUCUUCGCGGCGGUAUCUUUUCUCAUCGCGCGACUGAGCCUGCCAGUGUGGAUUGCGACUGUCGUCAUGAAUGCUCUUGUCGCGGCAAUGAUUGGGUUUAAUCUACAACGAGGCGUCAAGACAAACGUGGCCUGGAUUCAGCUCCUGAUCGCGACUGUGGGCUUAGAUACAAUAGCAGAAAUGCCGCGUGAAUCGUUCGACCGAUCACGAAUCAACACCCCGGAGUCAUCAUCGGGCGGCGGCAGUCCUGAUGGCCAAAACACUGCACCGUCUGGAUGGACAGACCGUUCGUCGCGAGUGGAGCCAAGGAGGAACACAAGGCGAGAUACGCUUCGUGUACGCAGCCAGGCGGUGCCCACGCCCCUGGAAACCAUCUUCGGAUCCCGGGAGACCCUUCCCGACCCUCGGAACUCGCCAGGAAUCAAGGGUGACUUCUCAUGGAGACCACCAACAAGAGACUCAGAAUACGGCCAGAGGCCGACGACCUCGGAAUCAUUCCGCGAUACGCUGCAGCCACGAAGUAAUGCGGCCUCGACGGUCUUCUCGAACAUGUCUGCCCUACCUCAUCCUCUGGCGACGAAUCCGGUACCUCCUUCACUGGUGCCCGGCGUAGCAAGACCGGCAGAUCAGCAAGCGCUGCGGCAGUCUGUAGUCGGGCCCCAACGAUCGUCCUCGGUCCCGCCCGUAGAAACUCAAACGAAGCCACCGCCUCAACGACGGCCCACACUGCCGAACCUCACCGACCUGCCCGCCCGCGCCGCAGCACGGAGGAGGAACUCACUAAUGGCUCGAGAAGCCGACCUGGAUCCUCGCGCGUCUAGGGAGAUCUCUCGGCGCUUCAGCAUAAUGGGCCAGGACACCAUCGCUCCACCUUCGCCCAGGAACGACUUCAUCGAGGUGCCCAUCCCGAACAUCAAGCCUCGAGACCUCGACACAGACGAAGACGGGAUCAUUCCUGAGGAUUUGCAUCCACUAGCGAGAAACAAUACCACGAGGGCACGGCUUGUGCGCAACUUCUCGAGACCCAGGAGGAGGAGCACCAUGGUCGGGUCGGCGGACGAGGCCAUGGACGGCGACAAGGCGAGGCGGACGUCGUCGUAUCUCCCAGAGCCAGCACGUGAGCGCGCCCGCGUCGCUCCGUCCGACGCCAUGAGGACCAGGAGAGUCAGCCUCGUCCUCGACGAGCCACGCUCCAAGCCCCCCACAGCAAGACUCCCAAUGCUCCGAAAGCCCGUCGGCGGACCGCGGUUCUCGCCCUUUCCCGCCCCGAGCGGCGCCAACGCCCCAGACCAGCGCAGGAUCAAGGGCCUGGGCCAGGGGUCGCAGCGGAGGUUAGACAAGGAGGUUGCGCGCUGGGUCGAGGGCGUCCAGGCUGACCCGCGGGCUUCGAGCGACGCGCCGCCUUCGAUCAUCUCGGAUGUGUCUACCGGUACUGACAUACUGGACGUUGAGACCACCGGACCGAGUAGUAGGCGGGGCGGCGGAGGUGGGAAGCGUCUCAGCCGGGGAGACUCUGUUUCUGGACGGACGAGGCGCAUUGCGCAGAACUUUUAA